CAUGAUAUCUUCUAGCUUCGUGGUAGAUCUGUGCUCUCGCAUUAUUACUUUAGAGAAAAUACGGAGGAAAUAUGGAUACUAAUGAUGCCUUAAACUCAAGGGAAAACUCUUCUGAAGACGAAACAGGUUCAGACGAAGACAAGGACGAUAUUGUAAGUUGUAUAUGGUGUGUAUCAAUUAAAAUGUACCCGUUGCCAACCGAUCUUAUAAGUGUGUAAAGUCACGUAAAACCCGCGAGUUUAAUCGUACUAUAUUUUUGUCUUGAUUUCAGGCGCAUCUUAAAGAAGGUCAGUAACCCAACCUUCUCAGAUCCAACUUAUAAAAAUAUCUUGAAAACUUAAACUUGGAAACGAUCAACUCUAAUUGCUCGAUCAACUUUUAUUAUUAAUCAUACAACAGUCUCUAUAGAAUUCUUGGUGUCAGUGUGUUUUAAAGCUGAAUUGAUGUCAACGAUUAAGUUUCUAUUAUUUACAUCAGAUAAGUAAAAAAUGCCCUGAAAAUAGAAAAAGCUUCCCGGAGCGUUUUCAACUUCUUGGUUUGCAACCACGUGACUAGGCGGCCAUGUUGGAUUUCAAAACUGCAAUUUUUUUCACACAAUUUGUAUGAAAAAAGGGAGUUUUCAGCUNAUUGGAAAACCCAGUUCCCAUGUUCUCAAAAACACUUCUAAACUUAUCACAACCUUUCAACUUUGCUGAAAACUGGAGAAUGUCGUCUUUGGACAAGGAAGGCUGGGGCCGAGAAUUGGAACCAGUCCCUCCCGCCCUAUUAAUAACUAAAAUGGCUGCCGAAGUUUAUCAAGGAAUACAUGAUAUCUUCUAGCUUCGUGGUAGAUCUGUGCUCUCGCAUUAUUACUUUAGAGAAAAUACGGAGGAAAUAUGGAUACUAAUGAUGCCUUAAACUCAAGGGAAAACUCUUCUGAAGACGAAACAGGUUCAGACGAAGACAAGGACGAUAUUGUAAGUUGUAUAUGGUGUGUAUCAAUUAAAAUGUACCCGUUGCCAACCGAUCUUAUAAGUGUGUAAAGUCACGUAAAACCCGCGAGUUUAAUCGUACUAUAUUUUUGUCUUGAUUUCAGGCGCAUCUUAAAGAAGGUCAGUAACCCAACCUUCUCAGAUCCAACUUAUAAAAAUAUCUUGAAAACUUAAACUUGGAAACGAUCAACUCUAAUUGCUCGAUCAACUUUUAUUAUUAAUCAUACAACAGUCUCUAUAGAAUUCUUGGUGUCAGUGUGUUUUAAAGCUGAAUUGAUGUCAACGAUUAAGUUUCUAUUAUUUACAUCAGAUAAGUAAAAAAUGCCCUGAAAAUAGAAAAAGCUUCCCGGAGCGUUUUCAACUUCUUGGUUUGCAACCACGUGACUAGGCGGCCAUGUUGGAUUUCAAAACUGCAAUUUUUUUCACACAAUUUGUAUGAAAAAAGGGAGUUUUCAGCUGCAAAUGAUCAUUGUGCUAAUUAUCCUUUUUGUGAUAAUGGCAUAUCCUUGAGGCCAUCUCAGGUGGGGUGGGGGUGGGGGGGAGGUAGAGUCUUUUGUCUGAAUUUCAAAACCAGUUGUUUUGCUUAUUGAGGGGGAGACCACGUUGCUGUUGGAAUCUAUUUAUCAUAAUUAAGAUUGUCCUUGUUGCUGCCACAGUUUCAACCCAUCGUUAGUUGUUUGUUGCCAUUUCAUCUGUCUAAUUAGCAGUAACUGCUUUUUCCCAUCAACUUUCAUUGAUGCCCUGGGUCAGUUUACUUACAUCCAUUCUUGAAUGACCAAAGCAAGAGUGCUUGCCAAAAGCUCUUUAAAUUGAGAAAUUGAUAGGAAACUGGAGAAUUGCAGUGAAAAACACUGUUCUAAUUGGACAAGCAAUUUUUUCUCAGAUGAACUGGUUAGAGCUUCUUUCUCCACACAAUUUAUAAUGUGGCCUUUCUGUUAGUAUACCUCAGUAUGUAUGUAUCAGGUUUUUUCAGCCUAGGUCAACUUUUAAGAACCUAGUUUAUUUUUAAAUCAACCAACAUGUAGGGUAGGUUAUUUCAAUUCUAUCAACUGUCCUUUAACGAUGACAUUUGGCUGUUGUCCGGGAUUCCUUAGCUCUCACAUGUAUUUUUGUUCUGCUUUUCAUAGAAUUAUCUGCGAUUCCUUUCUGUGACCUCGAGGCCCUUAAACAUAAAGUUGGCUCCAAAAGGUACACAUGCUAUUUUGCUUUGAUUAAACCUCGUUUAUGUAAAAAGUUCAAAGAUGGCAGAGAAGUACAGCAAAAAUAAAGGGUUGUGUGGAAUAGGAUGGAUUAAGAGUCUGGUACCAUGAUCAGAAGUCACUUGGGAGUUGAGCUGGUUAGCUUGGACAUGUGUUAAGUCAAUCGUACUUAAUGAUGAAUUACAGAACAGUUCUUUUCUUGUUAUGAGCCUCCUACAAUGUAACUUUUUCUUCACAUGAACAAUGGUCAGUGGUGGUGCGGAAGAUCAGUUACAUGUUUUAUCUGGGCUAGAACUCCCAGCUUCUGUGCUUAUGAAUUAAAAACAUCAUCUUUAUGUAUAGCCCGUGGUUAGAAAGACUAAAGCCAAUUUUUCAAGCCCUAAUUUUUAUAUUAUUUAGAAUAUAAAUGCAUUGUAUUGAACUGAUAUCAUAAUCUUAAGAUUGACUUGUGUGACAAUAACAGUCAUGUUUGUUUUUGACCAAACAAUGCUAUUUUUCUAACUGAAGAUAUAAUAAAGCAAUCCAUGGCCUCUUCGAAAAGGAAGGUAGCAGUUCAAAAGUUCCAAAGAGAGAAAACAGGAAUAGGUAAGAGUUGCAUGAUUAUAUACCACAAGUUUAUUAACCAAAUGGACAAGGUUUGAUAAGUUAAUUAUUAUAUGGCCUUUUUAGCACUAUUCUUAAAAUGAAUACGAUAAAAAACACUGGAAGUUUUUCUCAACAUCCAUGCACAAGAGGUCAUUUGAGGUCGUGUUUGAAACUGAACUGAAGUGAACCUGGCUAUGGGAUCAAAACCACAAGACAGUUUCUUUGACGAUGGGAAAAUCAUGAACUGAGUCUGCAAUCAUUUAAAGCCAAUAACUUUAAAAAAUAAGUCACUUCAAUGAAAUGUACACCUGUGCCCGUAAUAAAAACAUAUGACACUGGUCACUGGAUACCCUUUUUGAGAGCUGUCAAUUGACCAGGAGGUGAAUGUCCAUUACUAUCAAGCUAAACACAGGUUGUACAUGUAUAUGCCUUGGACAUCUAGCUAGUAAUGCUGGAUCAUUNUAACUGAAGAUAUAAUAAAGCAAUUCAUGGCCUCUUCGAAAAGGAAGGUAGCAGUUCAAAAGUUCAAAAGAGAGAAAACAGGAAUAGGUAAGAGUUGCAUGAUUAUAUACCACAAGUUUAUUAACCAAAUGGACAAGGUUUGAUAAGUUAAUUAUUAUAUGGCCUUUUUAGCACUAUUCUUAAAAUGAAUACGAUAAAAAACACUGGAAGUUUUUCUCAACAUCCAUGCACAAGAGGUCAUUUGAGGUCGUGUUUGAAACUGAACUGAAGUGAACCUGGCUAUGGGAUCAAAACCACAAGACAGUUUCUUUGACGAUGGGAAAAUCAUGAACUGAGUCUGCAAUCAUUUAAAGCCAAUAACUUUAAAAAAUAAGUCACUUCAAUGAAAUGUACACCUGUGCCCGUAAUAAAAACAUAUGACACUGGUCACUGGAUACCCUUUUUGAGAGCUGUCAAUUGACCAGGAGGUGAAUGUCCAUUACUAUCAAGCUAAACACCGGUUGUACAUGUAUAUGCCUUGGACAUCUAGCUAGUAAUGCUGGAUCAUUACAAGAAAAUAAUGUCCGCUUAACAGCCAAUCAGAGUGCACGUACUAUUGUAACUGUAUGAUAAAGAUUUGUAGUAUGUGAUGAAGGGUUGACAGUUAUAGAUACAGAGACCACAUGUAUUCAUUCACACAAUGACAAUAAUUUCAAUCAGCAGAUUUGACUGGUCCUUAGAAAUGUUAAAUCACAUUUGCAAUAUUAUUCACAGUGAGGACUCCAGACAAUGACUAUUGACAAAAGUAUAAGAAUAGUAAAUUAAUCAAAGUACUUAUUCCUGUUAUGUACAAAAACAAGGUUAGUAAUAAUAUCUUAAAGAUAAUAUCAUACAGGUAGUUAGUUUUAGUUAAACUUUUGUAAACAUUGUUUAUGUCCUGCUUUCUAGGCCCAGAGAAAUGUCAUCAAAGAAGCAAGUACCUCGCUUAAGACAAGUGAUCCCAGUUAAAAAACGAGUGAGUUGAAAUUUUUUUGUAACGUUCUUUUAAAUGAAUUGUAAAGGUAAUGGUGUUAAAGAAAUCAACAACUUGCACACUGUUGAGAAGACAGACACUAUUUAACCAGAGCUGGUUGCACAUGGAAUAACUCUAAAAAGAUUUACUGUUUGAUACAUGAGCUUUUAUUUAUAGGUGAACAGGGAUCCUAGGUUUGAUGAGCUGUCAGGGCAUUUUAACCAGGAAAAGUUUGAUAAGGCAUAUUCAUUUCUAACUGACAUAAAAGCAAAUGAAAAGAAGGUGAGUGUAUUGGAACCUGUUUCUCAUUAACAGGGCAUUGCUAAACUAAAUUGACUAUCCUGAAUGUGAUUGUCAAGCUGAGUGCAGUCCUUGCUUAAUAUACAUUGUAAGGUGAAUUGGCUCUCAUCUCAACAUCAAUCAUAAAGAAAAAUUAACUUCUACCCCAAAUAAUUAGCAAUGUUUUUGUUAAUUGAUUUUUGUGUGAAGUGUAAAUAAGGAAUGAAUCUUCAUGAAACAUACUGUGCAUGCCAAGUUGAAGCUUACUGUUGUUAUGUAUUUUAAACAUUUCACUGUAAGCAAAAAAAUGUUACUUAUCUCAAUCACCCGAUGUUGAUGACGUUUCAUAAAGUGUCAUUAUAUUCUUAGUGAUUGCGUGGCAUUGACUCCAAUGCAUUGAUUGAUCUCCUCUCAGAAAUCCAUGUAUUUUUUACAUGAUGAAUGAUCUAUUUCAAUAUUUCUACCAGCAACUGCAAAAAGAGUUACAGAAAACCAAACAACCAGAGAGAAAACAGCAGCUGGAAUCUCUGCUAAAGAGAAUGGUAAGUUCUGAAUGUUCCAAGUAAUUAUACAUGUAUUAAUGUUCUGUGUAAAGGAAGGCUCAGUAAUUCCAGUCCACAGAUUUAGGAAGUCAGAUGUCAUGUCCUGUAUUUGGUGUUAAUAUUUAAGCCAAAGGAUAGUAGAUCACCACAGUAAAACACGUGACUAAGAAACUACAUUUUCCCAAGUUAGCCUAAACCACGCCAGUUCAGUUACAUACAUGUAAAAAUUAAUGGUAAUAAGCACAGUCUUAGGCUAUGUAGGUUAUUUAAAAAUAGGUUCUUAUUUUCUAAAAAAAAAAUACAUUAAAGUCAAGAGUAUUUUGUGGAUAUUCAGCUAAUUCCUGGUACAAAAUCUGCAUACAUUAGAUCAGGGUUGUCAAAAUGUGCCAGCAACCGGCGCUAUCACCACCUACUUUAAGGUUUUUGCCUGCUGUAAAUUAUUAAACAGAAGCGAAAAAAAAUGAAUGAUUAAAAAACUUGUAAAAUAGGAAAAGAAAAAGAACAUUAAUCAUGAUCUCCACCUUCUUUUUUGUGAGGCACCUUCCCUACCAAGGAAAACACAUAUCCCUAGUGAUAAGUGUUCCCCUACCCUGAAAACCGUAUCCCUAGUGAUAUGUGUUCCCCCACCCGGGAAACACAUAUCCCUAGUGAUAUGUGUUCCGCCACCUGGGAAACACAUAUCCCUAGUGAUAUGUGUUCCCCCACCCGGGAAACACAUAUCCCUAGUGAUAUGUGUUCCGCCACCUGGGAAACACAUAUCCCUAGUGAUAUGUGUUCCCCCACCCGGGAAACACAUAUCCCUAGUGAUAUGUGUUCCCCCACCCGGGAAACACAUAUCCCUAGUGAUAUGUGUUCCCCUACCUGGGAAACACAUAUCCCUAGUGAUAUGUGUUCCCCUACCUGGGAAACACAUAUCCCUAGUGAUAUGUGUUCCCCUACCUGGGAAACACAUAUCCCUAGUGAUAUGUGUUCCCCUACCUGGGAAACACAUAUCCCUAGUGAUAUGUGUUCCCCUACCUGGGAAACACAUAUCCCUAGUGAUAUGUGUUCCCCUACCUGGGAAACACAUAUCCCUAGUGAUAUGUGUUCCCCUACCUGGGAAACACAUAUCCCUAGUGAUAUGUGUUCCCCUACCUGGGAAACACAUAUCCCUAGUGAUAUGUGUUCCCCUACCUGGGAAACACAUAUCCCUAGUGAUAUGUGUUCCCCUACCUGGGAAACACAUAUCCCUAGUGAUAUGUGUUCCCCUACCUGGGAAACACAUAUCCCUAGUGAUAUGUGUUCCCCUACCUGGGAAACACAUAUCCCUAGUGAUAUGUGUUCCCCCACUUGGAAAACACGUAUCCCUAGUGAUAUGUGUUCUCCCACUUGGAAAACACGUAUCUCUAGUGAUAUGUGUUCUCCCACUUGGAAAACACGUAUGCCUAGUGAUAUGUGUUCCUCCACCUGGGAAACACAUAUCCCUAGUGAUAUGUGUUCCUCCACCUGGGAGACACUUAUCAAUAGUGAUAUGUGUUUCCCCACCUGGGAAACACAUAUCCCUAGUGAUAUGUGUUCCCCCACCUGGGAAAGACAUAUCCCUAGUGAUAUGUGUUCCCCUACCUGGGAAACACAUAUCCCUAGUGAAAUGUGUUCCCCCACCUUGGAAACAUAUAUCCCUAGUGAUAUGUGUUUCCUCACCUGGGAAACACAUAUCCCUAGUGAUAUGUGUUCCCCUACCUGGGAAACACAUAUCCCUAGUGAUAUGUGUUUCCUCACCUAGGAAACACAUAUCGCUAGUUAAAUUUGUUCCCCCACUUUGGAAACACAUAUCCCUAGUGAUAUUUGUUCCCCCACAUUGAAAACACAUAUCAAUAGUGAUAUGUGUUCUCCCACCUGGGAAACACAUAUCCCAAGUGAUAUUUGUCCCCCACCUGGAAAACACGUAUCCUUAGUGAUAUGUGUUCCCCCAUCUGGGAAACACGUAUCCCUAGUGAUAUGUGUUCCCCCACCUGGAAAACAUGUAUCCCUAGUGAUAUGUGUUCCCCCACCUGGGAAACACAUAUCAAAAGCGAUAUGUCUUUCCCUACCGCCCCCGCCGGAAAACACAUGCCGGCUGCUUUAUGUUAUUCUCCUGCUACCUAAAAUCUUUUUGACAACCCUGCAUUACAUGGCAGUUGGAGAGAUAAGACACCUAUGUCUCCAAAGGGGAUUAUGAAUGUUGAGUUAUCUUAUUUACCUAACUGUACAAAGUUUUGUUUUAUCUAUUUUAGAAAAUAAGAACCUGUUUCAAAUUUUAGGCUUACAGCAGGUUCUUGUAUGGAGGGGGCCUAACUGGCAAAUUUUAGCCUAACAGGGUUUUAAAAACCAUGUUCUUAGUCAUGGGUUUUUACUGUAUCAGAGAGAAACUGGUCGAUAGUGAUGAACCAAAAUUUUUUUUUUCUUGCAGAAAUGUCACCAUUUUUGCAAUAGAUGCUUGUUCCCCUGCUAUAUUAUUUUGUUUUCACUUGUUGUUGUUUGGUCUCUGAACAUUGUAACUAUAUUUUCAGGAACAACAAGAGGCAGCCAAAAAGACUCAAGAGGCCAAAAGACAAACUGAGAAACAGAGGAAAAAGUCCGAGCUAGAAUUAGUGAAACAGGGGAAAAGACCGUUUUACUUGAAGAAGUGUGAGUUCGAUUUUGUGCCAAGUUUAAUAGUCCAGUACCAGUGGUUCUUAUAGCAGUAGGUGUGAAGGCAAUGUGUCACCAAAACACUCAUUGUUUCUUCAUAACCAGUGAACCAAUUGUGUCGUUAAGCAUCUAUAAAAUCUUUAAAACUUAAGCACUCAUUUCCAUUGUUUACAGUAAAUCCCCUUUCUUUAAUACUUAUAAUUAGAUUCAAAGGAGAUUGAUGUUAGAAAAGGUUUCAAAUAAUGUUUUUUUUAGUGGUAGCAUACAACCAUGAAGGGUAUUCUUUUUUUUUUUUAACUCCAUUCUUGGUGGUCUUUGGUGAUUUUCUUGGUGAUUCUUUUUCAACUUCAUUCUUUCUGAUCAAGAAAACUGCAAGUACACUGUACGAUUAUAGUUGACAACUUUGAAGUCAUUAACUGUUCUUUUGUCUUUUCCAACAGCUGACAAAAGGAAGUUGGAACUUGCAGAGAAGUUUAAGAAGUUAAAGUCUUCAGGAAAGCUGGAUCAGUACCUUAAAAAGAAAGGAAAGAAAGUUGCAAGCAAAGAGAGGAAGAAAAUGCCCCAAAGGAGGGUCGUGGAAACCUAAAAACACUUUGAGCGGUAUUUUAAGCUUUCAAACAAAAGUGUAAUUGAAUGAAACAUCAAUGGGUACGCUGCAUGCAAAAGCAUCAGCUGACAGUGUCAGAUGUUAGGUCUGAGGCAUCAAGUUUAUUCAAUGUUGUCAGUCAGGACUCAACCCACUUAUUGAGCAGUGAACAGUUCCAUCUAGAUCUUCAAGUUGUUACAAUGUUUGCCAUGGUUGUCACACAGAAGAACCUAAAAAAAUAUGGGAAGAUGCCAUGAGUGCUCUAAACUCAUUACAACACAAUGGGUUAAAUGCCUAUCGUUGAAAGUGGUGUACAUAUACUUGUACAAAUUGUAAGCCUUCAUAACCCUGUUUGCUGUAUUUGUGAUUGUGAAAUGCAAUCUGAUUUUAUUGGUUUGGUUGGAAAAGAGCGUGAGUACUGUCUAGUUGGUUUUCCAUACUUGUCUCUUCCUGACUUCGAAAUUGUUGCCAUUUUGCCACUUUAGAAACAAAGAAGGACCUGGAGCCAUAAUGCGUCCUGCAAUUGUUUGUGGUAUAGUUACUGGGGACGCACCAGUUC